AGCAUUUGUGGUCAGGUAGCAGAAGUUGUCAGAACACCGGUGCUCUGCUGCUGCUGCCCCGGGGAACGUCGCUGCUGCGGGAGAGGCGGCCGAUGGAAGCGGGGGUGAACAUCCAGACAUGUGACUGCUGCUAGAGAAACCCCCAACAUGGACCAGCAGGAGAGCAAACUGCCAGCUGCUGAACACCGGAGGAGCGUGACCUCUGACCCCGACCCCUGCACCCCCGCCCUGGUCCUGCCCAACCCUCACAGGCCAGACCCGGCGUCAGGCAGGAACUGGUCCGAUCUAAACCGGAGAGCAGCAGACUCGUCAGGGAGUCGUGACUACAGCCGACCUGCUAGAGGGAGUAGUGCAGAUUUCCUACAGAGGGACCGACCCUUCAGGGAUCCACAAGAGAAGACGUCAAAAAACAAAAAUGGUUCUCAGGGGAGAAUCAAGGGUAAGAUGUCAGCGGAGGCGCAGAAGAAAGGUUUUGGAGCCAGGUCGGCCCCAAACCUCGCGGGGAAGUCGACACCGGCAGACAAAAACUUGGCCCCAUUUGAAGUGAAGAUGGCAGACUUUCCAGAGUUAGCUGGUGUUUCAGCGUCGAGGGCAGCUCUUCCUGUAGCUCGGAAAGAAAGCUGGGGUUCGAGUUCUCGGUCAGCCGGCUCCCAAACACCAGAUCGGGCAGUUUCCUGGAGGGCUGUCAGGAAGUUAUCCCCAACGCCACACAAAUCCCCUCAAAGUGCCAGGGAUGCUAGAACGGACAGCCCUGUUGUCCCGGCAGCUCAGCAGGUGGCGACAUCCUGGGCCAAUAUUGCUUCGCAGCCUCCAAAGAAACCUGCCCCUGCAGACAAGCCCAUCAGCAACAACGCCAUGCUGACAGAAGACAUUCCUGAGGAGCGAGCGCCGGGAAAGAAAAAACGAAAGAAAAAGAAGAAGACUAAAAGCAACGUUGAAGAUGAUCAGGCAGAUCCAGAGGAAGCACCAAUUUAUCAAGAGCCUCCAAAAUUUGAGGAUGAAGAGGAGUUUCCUGGCCUGACUGUUACUUUAACUGGGAACAAGUUAAUAACCAGCAGCAAUGCAAAACUGAGCAGUGAGGAAAACCAAAGAGAGGGAGGUCGGCAUCAGCAUGCUGAUCUCAACAAGGAAAAGUCGCCUGGAGGGAAAACCCAACCUGCAGAGACGGCUAAAAAAGGACAGAAAAUGGAGAAAGUCUCAGGGAAGAAGAGUAAAGUUCCUGUCCAGCUGGACAUCGGAAACGUGCUGGCCGCCCUGGAGAAGCAGCAGCAGUCUCAGAAGGCCAAGCAGGAGGCCAAGCCCGUGGUUCUCUCAGUCGGUGGAGGACUACCUGUCGUCCAGAAACAGCCACCGGCCCCAAAGAAGCCGCACUGGCAGCAGGAUAAGAUCGCGCACAAUCCUCUGGACUCCACCAGCCCUUUGGUGAAGAAAGGCAAGCAAAGAGAGGUGCCCAAAGCCAAGAAACCCACUCCUCUCAAAAAGGUCAUCUUGAAAGAAAGAGAAGAGAGGAAACAGAAACGUUUGCUCGAGGAGAGAGGGAUGCUGCCUGAGGACGAAUCCAAACUCAGUAACGAUGCUGCAGAGGAGCAGAGUGGUGAAAAUGACUCAGAUAUGAUUGAGAGUUCAACAGCAGAAGUUGAUGACCAUCCAGAGUUGGAUGAAACAAAUCCAGUAGAAGAGGGUGAUGAAGAGACUGACCAAGACGAGUCCGUACAACAACAAAUCCCCUCAACUCAGCCCAUUCUGGACAGUGCACCCAAAAUCCACAGCAGGAAGUUCAGAGACUAUUGCAACCAGAUGCUGAGGAAAGAGGUGGAUGAGUGUGUGACAACUCUGCUGAAGGAGCUGGUUCGGUUCCAGGACCGCCUGUACCACAAAGACCCCAUGAAGGCCCGCAUGAAGAGACGCAUCGUGAUGGGACUUCGAGAAGUUCUCAAGCAUCUCAAGCUCAGGAAGGUCAAAUGUGUCAUCAUCUCGCCCAACUGUGAACGCGUCCAGGCCAAAGGUGGCCUGGACGAGGCCCUCCACACCAUCAUUGACACAUGUCGUGACCAGGGCGUGCCGUUUGUGUUUGCACUUUCCAGGAAAGCUUUGGGACGCUCCGUCAACAAGGCUGUGCCCGUCAGCCUGGUGGGGAUCUUCAACUAUGACGGUGCACAGGACUACUAUCACAAGAUGAUCGAGUUGUCGUCGGAGGCCCGGAUAGCCUACGAGGUGAUGGUGUCCAGCCUGGAGCAGCCAGGUGAAGCGGAGCAGGACGCCGGGGCGGAGGAGCUCAGCAACCUCCCUGGAGACCCCCAACCCGCUCCCGGACACCCGGAGCCAGAGGAACCGGAGUACAUGAAAAUCUGGAAGAAGAUGUUCGAGAGGAACUGCAGCCACACGUAUCUGAACUUUGAGGAGCAGCUGAGCUCCAUGCACUUGGAGAGCGAAUGUACAGAAACCUGUGAAGAGGAGAAGAGUUGAUGGCGGCAAAGCCCUCAGUGCCUACGAGCGAGGGGAGGGAGGAUGUGAAGGACCGCAGGCUGGGGCUCCACCACAGCAAGACUCCAGCAGAUAAUCAUCCUUUACUGUUCAUGUGCAGUAAUUAUUAACUUGAAUUAGAAGCUGUGACUUUAGGAGAUCAUAUGAAAUCAUUUUCAGACGUGUAUUCUCUGUGAAUCAAACAUGCUUUUAGGAUGUGUGUGUAAAUGGAAAACGAUCCAAUCUAGUUAUUCCACCGCAUUUUGGAGCCAUUAUAUAUUAAUUUUUCCUUAGGUUAAAGAGGUUUUCUGGCAUUAUUAUUGUUAUGAAAGUGGAGACAUGAUGAAAACAGACUAGAAAGAGGGAUGAUGUGACUUCUGCGUGUCACCAUUGGUAGAUGUGGAAAAAAAAUCAGUUUAGGAAAUUCUGGAGUUCAAAAAAGUAAAAAACAAAAAGUUAUCUCAUAGAAAACAACAGAGAAGCGUGAGUACUCAAAAUUCUCACAUUUAUGCAUAAUUCUGAAGUAUACUGUAAUUGUUUCCAAAUUCCAGAUGUUCGCUGCAGCAGAUUUGUUGUUUGCAUACAUUUAGAAUUACAUUCAUAUAAUUUCCAAACUAAUUUGUUCACAACUUCUCUCUUUGACACGUUUUUUAAAUUUCCAUAAGCAUUUAUGGAAGAAAGGGUCGUGCAUGGUUUGGAAACUUCAUAGUUAAUUUAACUUCCACAGUCUUAAACUCCUAAGAUUAACUAGAAUUAGUUGAUUAUCGGAGUUGAUCAUGAUUUUUUCCAAAAAGGUUUAUCGUUUUAUGUUGAAAUCUUUUUUUUUUUUCAGUGAAUAAAAAAUGGCAUCCCUCUUUCAUGCUAAAGAAUAUCACUACACAUAUUUUUAACCUUGUUUACUUGAAUUACACAGAAGAAAAUCUCUAAAUAAUGUUAUGUUACCAACUAACAAAAAAGGGUAAAAGUGUGUGAUGAUUAAAAAACAUUAAUUGCUGUCAUUUAAAGUGCUAGUUGACAAUCAUGUUAAAAUAGGCAUGAAAAAAAGUGGCAGGGUUGCAAAUAAUGAUUUUUGAGGAAUAAAUGACUAUUAUGAGCUUAUGAAAAUAAAGUGUAAUGUUUAAAAAUUA